UUAUUUUUGAAUAAUAAUAAUAAUAAUAAUACCUUAGUGGAUCUGAAUUACAGUAAAAUACCGUAAUUUACUGCAUUUUUCUGUAAUUUACCAACAAAUUCGACAUUUCUACGACAAAUUUGCCGCAUUUUACGGCAAUUUACGGAAAUAUUAUGGAAUAAACGGUAAUUUACGGCGAGCUACGGUAUAAUACGGCAAUUGCCCGUAAUUUACAACAAUUUUACCGUAAAAGAAACAGUCUAUUUGUUUAUUUUUACAGUGCAAUACUUUACUUUACGAUAAAAUACCAAAAUUCUUGCAAUUUUACAAUAAAUUACUCUUCUUUUAUCGCAAAUAUACAGUAAAAAUAGCGUAAUUUGAUGUAUAAUGCCGUACGCUCCCUAGUAGACCCAAUUUCGGUAAAUUACUAAAUUUUACUGCAAUUUACUACAAAUUUGCGGUAUUUUGCCGUAAUUUCCGUAAUUUACCGCUAAUGACCGGUAUUUACGGUAAAAUAGGCAUUUUGCAGUAAUUUCGAGCAGUUUUACUACAUAUCGUAAAUUACGACAAUGUUCGGUAACAUACCGCAGUAUUAUCGCAAAUUUUACGGUGAAUUGCCGCAAUUUUACCACAAAUUUUCCAUAAAAUACGACAUUUUGCGGAAAUUUCGGAAAGUUUUACUAUACACCAUAAAUUACGACAAUUUUCGGUAACAUACCACAGUAUUGUCGCAAAUUUUACGGUGAAUUGUCGCAAUUUUACCAUACAUUUGUCGUAAAUUAUAGUAUUUUACUGUAAAUUACCGUAAUUCGGAACUGCUAGAGUUUAUCAUACCGAAUUUUACCGUAAACUGCCGAAAACUAUAGAAACCUACCGUCAAUUACGGUUACUGGAGAAUUUUGAAUUUUCAAAUUUGAAAUUGUAAAUGGGCUGGAAAACGGGAGAGAAUAAAAUUAACAAGUAAAGAGAGAAUGAGAUGUAAUAGUUGGGUGACGGCAGUUGUUACGGUGACGGCGGAUGAUCGUGACACGGAUCUACGAUAUUUAUAAUACGUAUAUAUAUAUAUAUUUGUAUAUAUAUUUUUUUAUCGGUGGUAAAUGUUUUUGAUUGCUAAUUGAUUGGGACUUUAAGUGGAUAAAAUAAUAAUAUUAAUAAUUGUUAUUGCAAAAGUGAUAUGAUGAUGAUGAUGGCUGAUAGCGGGACGCAUUCAUCUAGAAGACCGAGCAUUUGUAGUUAUGAUUAUCCAGAAGAUUUGAAUCCAUUUAAAGAUGAAAUGGAAAAUAAUGAAACUGAUGAUCAAGUGACAUUGAGACAUCCGCGGCCACGGCCACGUGCUUUGGAUAAUUUUACUGUUAAUAGUAAUAAUAGUAAUAGUAAUAAUAAUAAUAGUAAUAAAAAUAAUAAUGAUAAUAAUAAUAAUAAUAAUAAUAAUAAUAAUAAUAAUAAUAAUGAUAAUAAUAAUAUUAAUAAUAAAUCAAAAGAUAAAGAUACGAAAAAUAAAUUUUGGACAUUUGGACGAAGCAGAAAAAAAAGAUCUAAUAGUUUUUCUAUUAAAUCUACUUGGAAUGGAAUUUUUGGAAAACGUAAAGAAGAUGAAAAGAAACCGACGAUUGCCACAGUCUCAUCGACGUACAAAAGAACAACUUAUAAUAAUUACCCGACAGAAACACCAGGCUCAAAUUUAUCUAAAGAUCAGCAAGAGUUUGAUGAAGCGCUCGGUACUUUAACGAGACGACGUAAAAAUACUUGGGAUUACGCGUCGACAACUUCAUCGCGAUAUGGAUCUAGUUUGACAGUAAAUGGUGAUCCCGGAAGAAUUUACGAUGCAUGUCCACCCCAGGAAACUACGAUGUCGAUUAUGGGUGAACUUACACCUAAACCUCCAGCUCGACGUUUUGGUCAAGUGAGCUCCAGAUCACCUCGUGAUAUUCCUCCAUUAAUUUACAAUAAAGAUGUGGAAAGAGAUGAUAAGACGCCGAUUCCCCCGAGGCGGAGUAAUGGAAUAAGAGCAUCUCAAAGAUUGCAUGUACCCAGUCCUGAUUAUCAUAAUAAUAAUAAUUUGAAAUCAAAUACGUCGACGGUGAUAACGGAUGAGAACGAAAAUAUGCCUGAAGAUUACGUAUUCAAAAGGGUUAAUCAUGAUACUAUGGCAGCUGUACGAAAGUCUAAUUUAUCAAUUAACAGCUGCGUAUCUAUGACAAGUGUUUAUGCUUCUGGUAGAAAAAAAAGACGGGCUCCUCAACCACCAAGUCCGCGAGACAUUAAACUUGAAGAUGUAUCUAAGGAAACGGAAGAGAUUACUAACGAAAUUAGUCAGAUAACCCAAAACAUCGAAAACCUAAAAGCCACAUCUAUCGAAGAAUUGAAAAACGAGUCCAACAUCAACAAUAACCCCGAUGACGUAAAAGAAGUAGGUAUCGAAUUAAUAAAACAAGAAGAAACAAAUCGUGAAAUCGUAAAAGAUGUCGAAAUAGUAGACAGCGACGAUAAAGUAACGUUGAGAAAGAAAAAGUCCGUGGAGAGUUUAAUGGGCAGCGAUAGUAGUUUUUCAGUGAAAGAUGAAAUUGAAAAAAUAGAACGUCAGAUAAAACUACUGGAGGCUACCAAAGCAAUUAAUAACGACGAGAAAGCAUCAACACUCUCCAGAACACGAACCUACUCAUUAUCAGAUGAUAAUUACGAAGCGCCUGGACGUUUGAUUCGCGGCAGCGGAUCGCGACGGAGUCUUCAGGAAAACAGGCGUAAUUUUUUCAAAGAUUUAACUUCACGAUCUAAUAAUAAUUUUAAUAAUAAUAAUGAUAGAGUUAAAAUUGAGAUAAAAGAGUUGCCGCGUCAGCAGAAUGAUAUUAAAAUAGUUCAUUUAACCGAUGACACGGACAGUAAACAAGUUGAUAAAUUUGAUGAUAGUGCUGUUAAAGUUAUUGAACUUCAUAUUUCGGAGCCUAUCAAAGUCAAUAUUGAUCAGGUUAAUCCGAUUCCAAAACCUGUUAGGCACAAUAGUAAUUGCAGUUUAGACAAAAUAUCAAAUAAUAGUAAUAAUAAUAAUAAUAAUAAUAAUAAUAAUAAUAAUGUUAAUAAUAAUAGAGAAAAUGAAGAACAAGAAACGAGUUCAUUGUAAAAUUUUUUAAAAAAUUUUAUGCUGAAAAAAAAUAUUUACGCACAUUUUGCCAAUUUAAAUUUUGAAUAUCGCGCUGCAGGUGACAGAGCGCACAAUUUUUUUUUUAAAUUAUCUGUGAAGAAUAUAACUUUUUUUUUAAGUGACGGAAUUUCAAAAUUUUAAAAAAUUUUUUACUAGUAUCGGAAAACUUUUAAUUUUCAAAUUAAAUUGAAAAACAAAAAAAAAACUACGCACAUUUUGAGAAUUGAAAUUUUGAAUAUCGCGCUGCGGGUUUUAUCAGCGCGUAGAAUUUAUUUUUAUUUUAAAAUCUUCUUUGAAAAAUUUCCAUAAAAAUUCUAAAAUAAGAAAUUUUUUUGCGGUACCGAGAAUAAAGGUAUGAAAAAAAAUCAAUACAAGUAAAAUUUUUAAUUUUCAGAUUAAAUUUAAAAAAACCAAAAUUACUCAAAUUUUUUCAAUUUAAAUUUUAAAUUUCGCGCAUAAAAUUUAUUUCUAUUUUAGAAUCUUUGAAAAAUUACCAUAAGCAUUAAAAAAUAAGAGAAUUUUUUUUCUGAUACCAGAAACAUAAGGGCGGGAAAAAAAUUCAAAAUUUAAAAAUUAAAUUUGGAGCCGCGCCUGUAACGUGAUAUAUUUAUUUCCGUUCUGCAUUUUAAUUUAUGAUUUUUUUAAAAAUAGAGAAUAUAAGACUAUCACUUGAUGGUCUUGUUUUUUUCAAAAUAUAUAUUUAUAUAUAAUAAUAUUAAUAAUAAUAAACAAAUGAAUAAAUAAAUAUGUGCCUUAUAGAAACUAAUAUUUGAAAGCACAAGCUUAAG